AUUCGUAACCAUUACAACAUCAAUCAAUCAAUACAACAACAGUCAUCGUGAUAGUUUUAUUUCGUAUUGUCUUUCCUUCCCUUUCCUUUCGUUACGUUAUCCCUUUCUAUUACCUAAUCCGUACGGAUACCUGGUCAUACCUACAAAGAUCACUUGCCCCAGAAAACAUGGGUAGGCAGGUAUACCUAUGUGAUUAUUUGCUUUCCUUUAUAUCUUAUGCUUAUUAAGAUAAUCAUUCAUAGGUAUUAUAACUAGCUAGCCGUUCAGCCUUUAUAGAUUUAUAAGUCCUAUCAUAUAACUGACGGCAGUGAUGACUCGCUAGAAGCGUAUAAGGAUGUGUCCAAUGAUAUGAGUUGAUGUAUUGAUGCAAGGGUUUGAAGAGAAUGACGAAACUACGCAGGGGAUGAUUACUUCAGGUACCUGUUAUAGUCACAGUGACAUCGCAUCAAAGGCACUUGGGAGGUAAUAGCCAUGGCUUCGCUUGCCGUCAAAUUCUAAAUAAGGAGCAUGGUUAGUUCCUACUCAAAGUAUGAAAGUGCUAUGAAGCCAGCCAAACAUGCAGUCUGCCAGGUUUUAGAUGAAUGUGGCUAUAUCCAUCCAGAAGAUGACGGAUUCGAGAACCCAGGUACUAAGUCCCGGAUACUAUUCCAUAUGAUAUCGAAUGGUGGAAUCAACUUGGCAACAAACCUACUGAUUGUCCUCGAACGAAAACUGGGAAAGCCGCUGCCACUAGUCGAUUUAAUAUGCGAUAGCAUCCCCACCGGCGCUUCUUACAUAGAAAAAUGUUGGGAUUUCCUCUCAAUCUCAUUGCCUCGGUGAUUGCCCAUGUUCUGAUAUCUCUCCUAUCUAUCCAUCGUCAUAGGCCGAUAUGAGGCCCUUGAAGACUACUGACGAAAGUCUAUUUUGGACGACAAUCUCAUCAGUGGUAAGAGAAUUUGCUAUAAUUAAUGUAAGGCAGAUAAGAUGAUCGAUUAGAGGGACGUUUUGCUGCAUGCGGAACAAGCUCACAAGUGUUAAGAAG